AACAUAUUCAAAUAACUAAUUUAAUGUUGCUUAGUUUUUCCAGCAACUGUUUCCACUGUGCAGCGAUAGCGAUAAAUAUGACGUCAGCAUACCAGAUGCAGUCAAAUAAUACUUGUCAUCCCUGUCCUUUAACUUUCUGUAACAGGCCAUGACUUAUAUACAUAUAUCAGAAUCAGUUCCAGCUCGACUCAAUAGAGAUCACAAAAGUUUUAGGGAAAGUUUUAAUGAUGCAGCCGCAAAUCCCAGUCCCAGUUCCAGUUCCGGUUGCAGCCAGCAGUGGCGAAAAAGGCCUAAAGGGCGUAAUUGCCGGCGCCAUCACUGGUGGAUUGGAAAUUAUGAUCACAUACCCCACGGAGUUCGUGAAGACCCAAUUGCAGCUGGACGAGAAGGGGGAAUUGAAGAAAUUCGAUGGCAUCGCCGACUGUGUGAAGAAAACGGUCAAGCAGAAUGGAUUCUUUGGACUCUAUCGCGGCUUGAGCGUUCUGCUGUUGGGUAGUGUACCAAAAAGCGCCGCCAGGUUUGGUGCCUAUGAGUUCUUCAGCAGCAAGAUGCGCGAUGAGAAUGGCGACUUGAGCAUGACGAGACGCUUCUUCUCCGGCAUGUUGGCUGGCAUGACCGAGGCAGUGGUGGCCGUCACACCCAUGGAGACAAUCAAGGUGCGUUUCAUAAGCGAUCAACGAAGCGCAAAGCCCCAGUACAAGGGACUGUUUCAUGGUGUGGGUAGAAUCUUCAAGAGCGAAGGAAUUGGUGGGAUCUACAAGGGUUUGCCAGCUACUGUGGUAAAGCAGGGCUCCAAUCAGGCCAUUCGCUUCUUUGUGCUAUUUUCGCUGAAGGACUUGUACACGGGCAGAGACAAGACAAAGACGGUGCCAAAAGUGUUGGUUGGUGUGUUUGGUGCCAUUGCCGGUGCCGCAUCGGUCUUUGGCAAUAAUCCCAUUGAUGUGGUCAAGACACGAAUGCAGAGCUUGGAUUCGGCUAAAUACAAGAACUCCUUGGACUGUGCCGUUAAGAUCCUACGCCAAGAGGGUCCCAUGGCCUUCUACAAGGGCACAGUGCCGCGCCUGGGCCGGGUCUGCGCUGAUGUGGCCAUUACCUUCAUGAUCUACGAUUCGAUCAUGGAUUUGUUUAAUUUAGUUUGGAAAUAGAUGUCAUAAUUAAUUAAAUAGUAUUAUU